GCCGUCCCUCUUCUUCUUCCGCUCACUGUGAGCUCAGCCAAUCAGAAUCCACUCCAGCCCUUCCUCUCAGCCAAUCGGCGGAUGGUCUGCUCUUCUCGAAAACAUGUCGCCCAUGAAGCUGUGUGUUCCAGGUGACAAGCUAUGCAGUGUAGAAGACUGUAUUCCUGGCACAGGAGUAUAUCUGCGACACGGCUACAUAUACUCCUCGCUAGCAGGCUACGUGCUCAGGAAAAACGAGGGAGAGGAGUUACCAGUGAUCUCAGUUGUGAGGGAAACAGAAACGCAACUACUGCCAGAUGUAGGGGCAAUUGUCACCUGUAAGGUGACCAGCAUCAACCCCAGGUUCGCCAAAGUCCACAUCCUUUACGUAGGUUCCACACCGCUGAAGGACCGCUUCAGAGGGACCAUCAGAAAAGAAGAUGUGCGUGCAACAGAGAAAGACAAGGUGGAGACGUACAAAAGCUUCAGACCUGGUGACAUCGUCUUGGCAAAAGUUAUUUCUCUUGGCGACGUUCAGUCUAACUACCUGUUGACAACAGCAGAGAAUGAACUGGGAGUGGUGGUGGCACACAGUGAAUCAGGUGCCCAGAUGGUUCCCAUCAGCUGGUGUGAGAUGCAGUGCCCGCGAACACAUGUAAAAGAGUUCCGCAAAGUGGCACGAGUGCAGCCUGAGUAUCUACAAGCAUGAGAGCCCUGAAACUUCUUUCUACCACAAGGAACACACAACUUCCCCCUCCCCUUUCUUCAGUUGCUGUCGUCAAGUAGCCUCCCAGGUCUGAGAGCCUGGGCGACAUGCGAUUCAUUGGCUACUUUUGAUUUCAUGUCUGUCUUUUCUUCUUUUUUGGGCGUUUAAUGCCUUUAUUUGAUGGAGACAGGAGAUGUGGCUAAAGAGAGUAGGGUUAUGACAUGCAGCAAGUGGUCCGGCCAGCCGGAACUCAAACUGGGGAGUCACUGCUGGUGCUACGCGCCCCCUCAGCUGCCAGGUCGCUACUGGUUUAAUGCCCUAAAUCAUUUUAACCGCCGUCCAUCUGCACAGUCAUCCUUUCUUCGAGAACACUGAAGAGACCAUACUGCUAAAAAGUGCCAGAAUAAAUUCUAAACAAUGUAAUGUCGGCAAUGUGGAUAUUCAAAGUUGCUUUCAAAUUUCCUGGUUUGAACUGUAUCAGUUCGCUCAGGAUGUUACACUGAAGCUGCCAAACUGUCACAAAGCUAAAAACAUUAAGGCUUCUUUCACACAUGCGAGGAUUUACUGUUUUAGUGUUAUGUAUUAUGGCAAAGUAGUAUUGGUUGCUUAAAAGAUGAAGUCUGUAGAUUCUCAGUUCAUGGUAACCUUAAGAGCUUCAGUAAAAGACAACUGGAGUUCUCUUCCAGGUUGCUGAAGGCAAUUUCACAUCCUCUUCAAUUCUGCUGAAUUUCUCCUCUAGACGCUUCUUCAGUUCAUCUCUCCGAGGAAACGCAACUUCCUGCAGCUUCUUCAUGAUGAGUUGAUUCUCUGGGACUGAUGAACUCUGUUGGUAGUCUCUCUGGCCAGGUAGCUUCUCUACAAACAGAAUGAUGAACUUGGUGUAGAGGACUGGUGGGGAGCAGCUAGAACUUUAGAACACCUCCAAGAACCUGAAAGAGAAGUCUGGUUGCUUUUUACUGAAGCAUCAAGAAUUAAUUAAACAAUGAGGCAGUUAGUGCAGAUGAUUCAGACUGUCAUGUCUGAACCACUUUGCAUUUUGCAUCCAGAAGUAAAUGCGAAGGGCAGUAACUGAUUUGACCAGAAAGGCUGCAUGGGGCAGUGCUGCACUUGUUUUGCAUGUCAUCAUAUAUGCAGCAGACCUGUUUUUUUGUUGUCAUUUUUACACAUCGACUUGUUGAGACAUUUUCAUGUCCUAAGGUUCAUUUUUCCUUAGCCCUUACAAGCAUUUUCAGUUUUGAGUAACUUGACAAAUGUUGUCCACACAGUUUUAAAGGAAAAAGAAUGUGACAGCCGUUAAAUGACAUUUACAACACAGCUACCAUGCACGGAAUACUGAAGUACAGCCUAUGAUAGUCAGAAUAUUUUUGUUUUCCAGCACAUUAUCACAACUGAAAGAUUAUGAGCCAACAACAACCAAGCAAUAAAGCUUCUGUUUUUACUUUUUAUUUUGAAGUGUAUUUUGACUUUUCUUAUUCUUUCUUCGCUUUACAGCAGAUGUGCAAGAAUGAAAUAAAAUGACUAUCAAUGAC